AUGAAUGGAUGUACGAUACAGCCAGUCAUGGGUAGCGGUGACAAGUCCAGCUCUGCUGAUUUUCAUGGCAUCAUGGCAAACACGGCUGCCUGUGGCGCCUAUUGUUCUCAGGAGUUCAUCGAGUCAAGCACUGCCAAGUACAGUGAUUCAGAGUUUAUUUUGCAUCCACCAGCCCCUGUGAGCUACUGUCCUCAACUAUCAAUUGUUUCCAACAAGGUUGGUCACGUUUCAUGGAGCACAUCUUCUUCUUGUAAGAUCUACAGCCCCCAACUCUACAGUGCCAACUGCGAUGAAACAUCGGCUGGUUGGCGCCUAAUCAGUGUGGCGGAGCACCCAAAAACUGACUCUGAUGUAACUCUCAGCCACAUAGAACAGAUGUUGAUGCAGGACACCGAUGACAAGGUCAGAGCACCUCAUGGAGAGACUGCCAUUAGAACUAUGGAGGAGCCCUUCUAUGAACUUCUUGGACAGAAGUACCCUGUUUUGCCUGGCUUGCUACCACUUUGUGGCUGUGAUCGCCUCAAUAUUCUUGAAAAUGGCAGUGUCAGUAGGCUUAAUAAUGGACAGUUAUGCAAUAAUUGCUCUGUAAAAAUCAGCUCAGAUAAUUAUCACUCCAACGGCAGCUCACAAGCUUCUCAGGCUCCAUGGACUUUAUCCGCCAUUGUUGGAGAGGCAAUACAAUUCCCUCUGGGUGUUGAAGAAAUGGGAAUUGGUUUGAACAUCAAUGGCCUUUCCAUUAGCCCAGAGAGUCAUUCACAACAUAUGAAUGAUAAGGACACAAUCAAGCAUGCACCAUUUCAUGAUCGAAGCCGAAAAGUUUUUCCGGGUAUAGAAGAGCUUGAUUUGUUAGAAGGAAGGAUGAACAAGCAGAUUGCUAUUUUCUCCGAUGAGCCGAUCCGAAAUGAGGCCUUCGACAAGGUUCUACUUUGCUCUGAGCAUAAGCCCCUGGAUGAAGGUAUUAUUUUGCAACGAACCAUGGCAGAUAUAUCCACCAAAUAUGCACAGAACGAACAAGGAAGAAAACCAGCUAGGCAAACGAAGAGAGGUAAAACACGAAAGAAGAAAGAGGUGGUGGAUCUCAGAAGUCUCCUUAUCCAUUGCGCAGAAGCAGUGUCUGUGAACAACCGUACCAUAGCAAGUGACAUACUUAAAAGCAUAAGACAACAUUGUUCACCAAGUGGGGAUGAUACCCAGAGGCUAGCCUUUUACCUAGCAGAUUGCCUGGAGAUAAGAUUGUCUGGAAGCGGAAGUCAGAUAAAUCAGAAGGUCAUCACUACACCAACGAAUGCAGCACAUAUUCUGAAGCUAUGCCAUCUGUGUUUCACCGUUUGUCCUUAUUUGAGGUCAUCAUAUUAUCUCUCAAACAAGACAAUCCUUGAUGUCUCAAAGGGAAAACCAAGAGUGCACAUUAUCGAUUUUGGCAUUUUCUAUGGUUUUCAGUGGCCAUCAUUACUGAAACAAUUUGCAGAUAGAGAAGGUGGGCCGCCUAAGCUUCGGAUUACAGGUAUAGAGCUGCCCACGCCAGGUUUCCGGCCAGAUGAAAUGAAUAAGAACACACGGCUACGAUUAACUGAAUAUGCCGACAUAUUUCAAGUACCUCUUGAAUACCGACAGAUUUCAUCAAAAUGGGAAUCCAUCUCCAUCGAAGAAUUGAACAUUGACAAAGAUGAAGUGCUCGUAGUCAAUUGCAUACUCCGAAUGAAGAAUGUUGGUGAUGAGACAAUAACCAUCGAUAGCGCCAGGAAUAGAGUGCUCAAUACCAUAAGGAUGAUGAAACCAACAGUUUUCAUUCAUGGAGUUGUUAAUGGAUCUUACAACACCCCCUUCUUUUUAUCACGUUUUAAAGAAGUCAUGUACCACUACGCUUCAAUGUUUGACAUGCUUGACAAAACUACUCCACGAGAUAACGAGACAAGAAUGAUCCUAGAGAGGGAUAUAUAUAAAUAUGCAAUUCUUAAUGCCAUUGCAUGUGAAGGAUCAGAAAGGAUUGAGAGGCCAGAGAGUUACAAGAAAUGGAAUGCAAGAAGCGUCAGGGCCAGGUUUGAGCAGCUCCCACUGAACCCAACCAUUGUUAAAGGGAUACAACAUAUGGUGAGACAGAUUUAUCACAAAGAUUUCUUCGUCGACGAAGAAGACCAAUGCCUAGUGUUGGGAUGGAAGGGAAGGAUACUCUACGCAUUAUCCACAUGGAAGCCAAGUGAAUCUGGCGAUGAGGGUGCUUAA